AUGUUAUCGUUUUUAAUAAGAUUAAAAUUACAUAAUAAUAAUCUGCAAAUAUAUAAAAACAUUCUCCAUUCUGAAAUUUUAGGCAGAAUUUUACAAAAAUACAUAUUGAUAAAAUUUUGGUGUCAUUUAUCACGUUUAAUACUUUUUGAAGCUCAAAAUAAUAACAGACAAUACUUUGAAAAAAACAUCUUACGGAUCAAAAUAUUUAUAACAAUUCACAGUUCAAAUUUCCUAGAACCACAAAGCUUGACAAUUGGACUUACCAAUGCAAAUUCAAGAAUUGUGGAGGUUAGCGUUUCUGAUGAACUUAUGUCACUCUUUAUAAUUAACUAUCGGAAAUUCACUAGAAUUUGGUUACUUCUAUCUUGUAUGACGGUUGAUCUCACACUAAAUAAACGGAACAGCUUACAUCAGAAUUUAUACGGCAUAAGCACAACGCUACCAACUGCGUUAUGGUACUGCGUGGAAUUGUCCUCAGGAAUUUUUAAAAAUGAUCCUCAACACUACAAGCAGGAACGGCUAAGAGGGUAUUAUAGCGUAGCGCGCUAUAUGAUUGAAAUUUUGACAUGGUUCAAUUAUGAUCUAGAUUUGAAGCCUAUCGAGAAACGAAAAGAACUACUAAGUUACGUAAUGACUUUGAAAAAAAUCCAAAAACGGAGAAAGAAAAUUUAUUAUUUGUUGGAGAAAAUCUUCAAGACUGUAGAUGGUUUUCUAGUCAGUGAAAUUGAAAAAUCAUCUAAUCUAUACAAGCUGAAUUACCUAAAGUUAAAUCACAAGGGAAUUUUGCGUGACGAUAUUCUUGAGGAGAAAGUUCAUUUGAAUGACUUCGUCCACCUUAUGCACUUUGAGGGUGACUUGGAGGCAUCCGAAGCUGGGACAGGCACGUUUGAUAUCUGUGAAAAGACGUUCCGUCCCUAUUUUGCUAUCGACCAAGACAAAUCUUUCUACACGGAAUUGGUAAAGAAUACCAAGAAAGUAGUCAUUAGCAACGACGACGACAAAGAUAAAAUUAAAGUUACUUUUGAACCUAUCAAUUCGCUUGAGUUCGACAGAGUUUUGUCACUAUACAAACUGUUCAUUGAUUGUGUAAAGGAAUCAAAGAAAUAUCCGACCUUACCUAAGUACGUCGACAACAUUUCUAAGAGAAAAAAGUUUCACAUGGAUUUGGUUACUCUUUUCCCGUCCAAUGUCUACUUUGAUAUCAAAGACGUGUAUGAGCGUUAUCAAAAGGUAGUGAAGAAAGUCAGAGUCAAUGAAUUCCUUAAGGUAUACGAGUCUCACGUUGGGCGAAUGGAACGUAUUAAAGCAGAAAAAAGAGUGAAGUUCAGUAGUGACUCCGAAAUUAGCAAAUUCAUUACUAGUGAAGAGUUAAAAGUGAAGUUAAAUAGUAACCAUACACGGAAAAAAAAGUAG